AUGAGACGAUCACUUACAAAUCGUUUAAUUGUUCAUGUUGCCUGCUGUGAUUUGAUUAUUCUUCUAUUUAAUAUACCAGAUAUUAUACAAUUUGUAUCAACAAGAGGAAAUUGGGUUUUAAAUCGUGCUUCAUGUAAAUUAAUUCGAUCGAUACUUGUUCUCGCACAAUAUGCAUCGGUGUUAACAAUGUGUGCGGUUACAAUAGAAAGAUUUAUUGGUAUUGUCUAUCCGUUACGUUCAAAAUUUCUUCGUGAGAAAAAACAUGUUGCAUUUAUAAUGAUUGGCGUAUGGUUAUUUUCAUUUUGUUGUUGUGCACCAAAUCUUAUUUAUUUAGACAUUAUUCAUUAUCCUAAUUCGACACGUUCAAGUUGUUCACUGCAAUUUACUACGACUAAUAUAACAUAUAAUAUAACAACAACUAAUAUAACAUCAUCAAGUCAUAUACCAUAUAUAAUUUACAAGAGUAUUGAAUCAUGUAUAUUCUAUUUUAUUCCAUUAUUAUUACAAUUAUACUGUUAUACAAAAAUAGCGAGACGACUAUUUAAUGUUGAUGAACAUUUGCAAGGAAAUUUUUCUUUAACUGCACAUACUAAACAAUCAAAUAAAUUAUUGCAGUUAAAACGAAAUGAAGCACAAGAUGAUGAUGAUGAUGAUGAUACUAUUGAUUGCGAGAAAGAUCAACAACACACAAAAAUGACAAAAAUGACACUACUCAAUAAUGACUGUCAAUCACACUCGUCUGAUCAUUCAUUAAAACGACAUUUAUCUCAUCGUUCAUUUGUUUCGUCCUCGCCGACUUCUGAGAACAAUUUAUUUCAAAAAACGACAAAUAACCUAUAUCAUCGUAAUUCAAAUUCAACCAAUUUACAUUAUUUUAAAAAUAGUUACACUAUAGCAGUGAAUGCUUUAAGAGGACGUCGGAAUGUUAUUAAAAUGUUAAUUAUCGUAAUCAUCAUUUAUUUUAUUUCAUUCAGUCCUCAAGUGUUCGUAUUUCUACUAUUUGACACUGGUCUAAUAAAAACUCCAUUUAUACCAUCAUCCUAUUUUAUUGCCUGUACAUUUUUACUUGUGUAUGUCAGUUCGGCAUCGAAUCCAAUUGUCUAUGUUAUAUUUUGCUCGAAAUUUCGUACGUCAUUUCAAAAAAUACUUCAACGUCUAUUCAUUUGUCGAAUAAAAACAACGUCAUCAUCCAUGACCACCACCAAUCAUACAUGUUGUGGUUGCUUCUAUUUUCAACGAGGAAAUAACAUGGUAACAAUGAGUGGUACUUCGCAUUCACCAUCAACAAUAUAUCAUUUUCAUACUCAUGACAGUAACAACACAAUGACAAAUGACGAAGGACGACGAGCGUUUGCUUCGCGAACAGUUUAUAAAUGUGUAAGAAAUGGUUAA